AAGUGUCCGCGAAUUGCGCGAAUUCUGUGCGAUUACGAUUACUGUUCCGUAAUUUGCUCCGAUAAAACGUCGUCAUCAGUGGAUCCUAUUGUCUCUGGUUGUGCCACUUACGAGUGCGAUCCGUCGCGACCUUAGCAGUGAGAGUAGCGGCGAGAAAAGCCUACUUCUGCGCCUCCUGGUCGAAUGAUUCACGGCAGGAGACGGUGAAAUUUCACCGAUCCGCAGUGAGAAGAGCCGUCAGAGUGUGUAGCGCCGCAGCCGUUCGCCAAAUUGCUUCGCAUAAAGGGCCUGCCUGGCGGAAAAGUGCGUAAAAGAUCGAGUGCGUGGACCGCCGCUGCCCGUGGAUCGUUGUCUGGUGGAAACGACAACUCAUCCGACACACGUUGUCAACGAAAGUGCCCCUAAGAAAGAGAGGACGGUGGUGUUUUUUUUAUCCUUUAAAGGUGCUUUCCCCUUGGGUCAGGUGCCGUGUGUGUGAAAAGUAAGAUGUAUCGGGCUGUGGGCGAGUAGCGUGAAAAGUGGAAUUACGAAGCGAAAGUUAAUUACGCUCACCCGGAAGAAGCAACUGAAGAGCCUUUGGCUGCCAUCACUCUCCCUGGGAGCGCAACGUCACGAAUAUUAGGACUAGCGAGCAGCAUCGGCGCAAAAUGUAUUUCUACAAGCAAAGGCUGCUGCACACGACGCAGCUGAAGAAACUGGGCGACCACAAGUAUUCCUGCACCAAUGUCAGCCUGAUGGAUCCGUUCCUGCAGCCGUGGUGGUGCUGGCUGGUGGCGAAGGUACCGCUGUGGCUUGCACCGAAUCUCAUCACGAUAGUCGGGCUCAUCAUCAACAUUGUCACGACCCUCAUACUGAUCUACCACAGUCCAAAUGGGCGAGAAGAGCCCCCAAGGUGGGCCUCGGCACUUUGCGCCGCGGGACUCUUUAUCUACCAGAGCCUGGAUGCGAUCGACGGCAAGCAGGCCCGCCGUACCUACUCGUCAUCGCCACUCGGCGAGCUGUUCGAUCACGGGUGUGACUCGAUUUCGACCGUGUUCGUUGCCCUGUCCGCCUGCAUCUCCGUCCAGCUCGGGUACUAUCCGCGCUGGAUGUUCUUCCAGUGUUUUUGCGCCAUGACUCUGUUCUAUUGCGCCCACUGGCAAACGUACGUGUCGGGUACGUUGCGUUUCGGCAAGAUCGACGUCACGGAGGCGCAGUGUACGAUCAUCACCAUCCACCUGAUAUCGGCGGUCUUUGGUCCUUCGAUCUGGAUGACCAAGCUGCCCUUGAUGGGAGGCAUCGACAUAAAAACGGUUCCACUGUACUUUGCCGUGUUUGUGUUCGGAUUGCUAGCGUAUCAGAACUCGGCCGUUAUCUUUACCGGUGGCGGCGUAGGCAAGAAUGGAUCGACCGUCGCUGGCACCAGUGUGCUGUCACCGAUCAUCCCGUUCCUGUUCGUCGUCGUGCCGGCCUACGUCAUCUCGCAGAAGUCCACCGACCAUAUCUACGAGAACCACCCGGCCCUCUACAUAAUGGCGUUCGGAAUGAUCACGGCCAAAGUGACCAACCGGUUGGUGGUUGCCCACAUGACCAAGAGCGAGAUGGAGUACCUCGACUGGGGCCUGAUCGGUCCGUUGUGUCUGUUUCUGAACCAAUACUUUAACUGCUUCCUGCCGGAGUACCUGGUCCUGUGGUUCUGUUUGCUGUGGUGCACGAUCGAUCUGAUACGAUACUGUGGCCAGAUCUGUCUGGAGAUUUGUGACUAUCUGAGGAUUGAGCUCUUCCGGAUUCCGUUCCCGCCGAAGCCCAUCAUGACAUCACAAGGUACGAACCCUCCACAGCACCACCAUCACCACCAUGGUCACGAUAACAAAAACGGUGGUACGCACGGUAGUCUAACCCUGAAUAACAACAACAACAACGUGCAACAGCAACAGCAGCAGCAGCAGCAACAGUCCGUCAACCGAAAGCAAACCCGGGCCAGUAGUAGAAAGCACGGUUCGCAGCAUCAGUGAACUGCCGCCGGGCGUCAUGCUGGCUGGUGGGGCCCGGCCAUCACCCGGCACGGUGCCAAUCGGAGACCGUUCCGAAGGGCCCGAACCGGCCCUAUCGGCGGAGGCGCGGCGUAAUCGUUACCGACCACAGCAAGUGUACCGUUUGCUGGCGAUCUUUUGUUUUCGCUUCCGUUUU